AAAGGUUGUAGUUGUAGCGUUCACUGUAGUGCAGCCCAUGAUUUUUAUUUGGUCAUUAAGAAAACUGACAGUAAAUCACUUACACACCUUCUCCAGAAAUCUCCUGUAGUUUCAGUAAAUUAAUCAGCCGUGUUUGGUUAAAAUGGACGGACAGCGUUGGUUACCACUGGAAGCUAAUCCAGACGUUAUGAACCAGUUUAUACGACAAUUGGGACUGGUUCCUAGCUGGCAGUUUGGAGAUGUGUACGGUUUGGAUCCUGACCUUCUUUCAAUGGUUCCAAGGCCUGUAUGUGCUGUUCUGCUUCUCUUUCCUGUGACAGAAAAGUACGAGUCAUUUAGACUAGAGGAGGAGGCGAAGAUUAAAGCACAGGGACAAGAAGUGUCAUCAGACGUGUACUUCAUGAAACAAACUAUCGGAAAUGCCUGUGGAACAAUAGGGUUGAUUCACGCUGUAGCAAAUAACCAAGCACAUCUGGAGUUUGAACCUAAUUCACCACUAAAGGAAUUUAUACUGCAGUCCUGUAAGAUGAACCCACAGGAAAAAGCAGCCUUCCUAGAAAAAGAUGAGAGUAUCCGAGUAACACAUGAGUCAAGUGCACAGGAGGGACAGACAGAGGCUCCAAAUGUAGAUGAAAAGGUGGACCUGCAUUUUAUAUCCUUUGUAAAUGUUGGAGGAAAAUUAUAUGAGUUGGAUGGUCGGAAGCCUUUUCCAAUAGUUCAUGGAACAACCACAGAGGAAAGCUUUCUUGCGGAUGCAGCAGAGGUCUGCAAGAAAUUUAUGGCACGGGAUCCUCAAGAGCUUCGUUUCACUGUUGUGGCACUCUCCAAAGCAUAAAGCACUUACCCACUUUUGCAUAACAGGGAAAUAUUUGCCAACUAUAGUAGUAAUGUUAUUGUGUUUAAUUACUACUUGAAUUGUAACUGCCUUUUUGCUCCCAGUUACUUACACUUUUAAAAACGACUAAAUUACUAAGGGAUUCUUCAAAUACCACAAGCCUGGAAUUUGUGUGAAAGACAAAACUGAUUCUACUUUUUGUUUUUACAAGAUUAUAUUAAAGAUUUAAGCUUUUUUGUGAAA